AUGGUGGCGGAUGAUUCCAAGAAAAACUGCGAGCAGUUCCGUGUGGUUGCGUUGGCUGCACAGGUGAAGAGACACGCAAAAGGCUCUGGCUUGGCAUUGCCGUCCAACGCCGGGACUCACUCGGUGAACGGACCGGUUCUCCAGGACGGUGUGCGGCUGCUGCGCGAGAGACGAGCACGCCUGCGGGAGAUGGAGGCAAAGGUUCACUGCGUGCGGCGUGUCGCGCGUGAGCUAAGGGAGGAGGCCGGGGGUCUCGUCUCCACGCUGCAGACACUGAAGGGCGGAGCGACGCCGUUGGCAAUGCAGCUCAGCAUUACCCUGCAGAAGUUCCAGUCCCUAGAGGAAGUGUUUCAACGCAUUGGCUCCCUCACCAGGGCGGACCUCGCGUCGCUCUCCGAGAACACACCAAAGACUAGGCGGAGUUGCCUUCAAAAGUGGAAUCGCAAUAAAUUGGGGCGGCCCAACGUACACGAAGUGCAACUCAAAGUCACAGAGGUGAGAAACAGGGUCGAAACAGUCCGGCAACAAAUUCGAGACGGCCCAAAAAAGACACUAAAGACGCUAAACAAACAGUAUCAUACGCAAUACGGCGCAAUUAACAAGCUAUAA